ACCUAUUCUUUUUAAAGGAAAGAUUGAUUGUCGUGGGGACUUUAGGUCUCAAAAAUUUUAUUUGGCAACCUAAAAUAUAGUGUCCAGCUCGUUGUACAGCCUUAAGAUGUCUCUCCAUGACCAUUGUUGUAGGUGGGCUAGGGUUGCACACCAACACAACUGGCUAAGUGAAACAGAGAGUGGGGUGGGGGAGGUUUUGGUGGGGAAGCGUUCUCUAUUUGUCUUGAGUAUUUUUGGAGGAAUUUAAGCUCUUGACAAUAUGCCUAGGUACGACUUAGCACGUAGAAAACCCAUUUAUCUGCGAUUGUAAGCUUUGGAUUCUAAUACUAAAUCUUUUUAUAUGCUACCAUUACCAUUUAUAAAACCUUGAAAGGCCCUGAAUGUAUGGAAAAAGAUCCGAAUAUUUUGAAAUGGCCCAGAAUUGAACAAAACCACCUCUCCCUAAGGGCCCCCAUCCCUUAAAAUCAAGUGUUUGGUUGACCCGGAUCUAAGGCCUGAAGCACGACUAUAAAUUUUCAAUGGGUACUGCAAACGGUCUUUUCUUCACUUCAGCUUUUCUCAUUUCUCCCUUCCGUGUGCUGCACCCAUAGAUGAUAGACGCAUCUGGUUUGGGAGCUUAGGAGAUUGCUUCUUGAAGUAAAAGUAGGCUUUCCACUCAUUAAAAGCCACCGCCAACCAUCAACUUCAUUUUUUGAUGGUUACGGAAGAGGCGAAUCUUCGUGGUAUACCAUCUUUUUGAUGAUUUGCCACUGAAAGCUUCUUCGGUCCUGCCAAUUUCGCUCCUUUGCCGCCAACUAACAACCCCAAUCCAGAAUGACGUUACAUUUGCUUAGAAAAGCCAUUGCGUUCCCAUCAAUUGGGAAUUCUGGUUGCCUUGCAAGACUCCGUAAUUUUUGCUCAAGGGUCCCUCCAAUUGCCUGUAACGAGGAUAUCAAGCCAAUCCCAUCAACAAACUACUCCAGUAGGAUUCAUCUUUCUCCUUUGUUAAAUGAUAACUCUUCUCACUUGGGUCGUUAUGAUAUUGAGCUUGUGGACGAUGAAACCUGGCAAGUUUCAUCGGGUUUAGUUCAUGCCUAUAAAGGAUUUGAUAGGGAAAUAGAAACAAGACCCUUUAUGGAAGCAGUUGAUCAAAGGGUAGCUAAUGCUUCUACUACAAUUGAAGAUGGUCAAGACUUUGAUGACAUUGAUAAUAUGAGAAUUCGGGGUAACCUUUUUUAUAAAAUCGACCGUGGUUCCAAAGAGUUCGAGGAGUAUGCUUAUGACUUUCACAGGAAGAAAGGUUCCAAGAAUAAGGGUGAUCGUAAAGAAAGCGAAAAGGAGUCUUUAAAGAAGAAGGAUGAUCCUAAAGAAAGCAAAAGGAAUGACAAGUCAAAUGUUAAAACGCUUGAAGUUGUUAGAAAUAGAAGUGUUAGUAAUAUUCUUGACAAAGUGGAGGGUUGCUCUGUUGAGAAAAAGAAGGUUAGGUCUCCUACUUUUAAUCAACUUACGGGUCCUUACCAUGAACCCUUUUGCCUGGACAUUUAUAUAUCAAAAGCAUCUGUUCGUGCCUGUAUCAUCCACCGGGCGACUAGCAAGGUUGUUGCUGUAGCGCAUUCUAUUUCUAAGGAUAUGAAAUUUGAUUUAGGUUCGACUAGAAAUGCAUCCGCUUGUGCUGCUGUUGGAGAAAUUUUAGCUCAGAGGGCAUUGGAUGAUGAUAUCCAUGAUGUGAUUUACACACCAAGGAAAGGGGACAGAUUAGAGGGGAAGCUUCAGUUUGUUCUUCAGUCUAUAAUUGAUAACGGUGUAAAUGUGAAGGUUAAGCUUAAACAAAGAAGAACCAAAACAGCAGCGCAGGCAUCUACAACUUAAAACCAUCUAUUUGGUUGUCUUGGUUCUCUUAUCAAGUCCACUUGAUUAUAUCUUGACUACAUACUAAACUGUUACAUUGAUUGUAUGAAAUCACUGCCCUGAUGCUGCAAUGUCAGAUCAUAGCAAGCAGUUGCUUGUUCUUUCUCUUCGGGGUAGCAGUAACUUCUAAUAGAUUUCUGCCGACAAAAAGGAGAAGUGAUCAUUGCUACUCAUAUUGUAAUGAAAUGGGUGUUUCCUCCUCUGUCUUCUGGAUUGCAAAGUAGAGUGCAAAAGAAAAAAAGCUGCCUGGCUUCUCACAUAUUUGGUUAUUUGCGGGUUAGUUGAUGUAGCAGCUGCAUCUUCGAAAGGUUUCUAAUUUAGUUUUCCAAGAUGUUGGGGACUGCAACUUCGUUGCCAAAGUAGAAUUUUCUGUACAAUCUCAUCUUUUUUUUCCUUAUCUAAUACCAUCUAAUACUUUAGAUUUGAAUAAUACUUAGUGCUGAAAUAUCAUCA